AUGUCGCUUCCAGGCUAUGCUUUAAUCACCGGUGGAGGUGGUGGAAUCGGCAGUGCCACCGGCAAGAUAUUCGCCCGCGAAGGUAGCGCCGGCGUAGCAUUCGCAGACAUAAAUUUCGAAACCGCAACCACUGCAGCCGAGGAAUCAAAAAAAUACGCCACAAACCCAGCCUAUAGAGCAAUCGCAAUCCAUGUCGAUGUUGCCGAUGAAACGAGUGUAGACGCAAUGGUCGAGCAGGCAGUGAAAGAGUUCGGGUCACUCAGUUAUGCUGUCAAUUCGGCGGGUGUGAGUUUUACGGAUCGGGUCGGCGGGAUGCCAAAACACUCGGAAACAAAUCUCGGCAACCUCUCCACACAGGAAUGGGAACGUACCAUGAACAUCAACGCCCGGGGUGUAUUUUUCUCCCAGCGCGCCGAGAUCAGUGCUAUGCUCAAGACCAAAUCGAACAACAACUACCCUGAAAACCUCUCCAUCAUCAACAUCUCCUCCAUUGGCGGGCUGCGAGCGCUCGCUCCAUAUGCAUCUGCCUACGUGCCGUCAAAACAUGCCGUCAUUGGGCUCACAAAGAGCGCAGCCUUUGAGCACGGUCCCGACGGAAUUCGGGUCAACGGGGUGUGCCCAGCGUUCAUCGAGACACCCUCAAACGCUGGAAACGCCGAGAUAGCAGAGCGGGUAAACAAGCGUAUGGAAAGAUCUGCACUGAGGCGAGUAGGGAAGCCGGAGGAAGUCGGCGAGAUAAUUGCGUUCUUGAGCUCUGAAAAGGCCAGCUUCGUUACCGCAGUUGAUUGGGCAGUUGAUGGAGGCUAUACUGCAGCUUAG